GAUUGGGCGGGAUUUGAGAGAAUCCUACACGCCGGUGUGCUCAUGGUUUGCGUCACUCAGAUUCCCGGGUCUCUCAUUGGUUUAUGCGUAACUCCGUUGGUUUUAUGCCGUUAAUCACGGUCAUUACGGGGCAGUAGCGUCAAGGUAGACAAAGUCACCCGGGAAAGGACGAGAAGUCAGACAAUUUUAUUUCACAAUAAAAGUCCAAAAUGUGUUUGCGCUAGAAGGAAUACAGCUGUCCGGUAUCCUGGUCGUGAGUACUCUGAAACAAGCAUUGUCCUGAAAUGCGAUGAUACACUACUUCACAAGAAGUAUUUUAGAAGCAGAAACAUUUACUUUGAAGGUUGGGCCCGGAAGUUGUAUUUUGUGAUCGGGUAGCUUGAUUUAUAUCUGCUGCUGUUGCCUGUAGGCUGAGUAUUAGUGACGAACAGACACUCCUGCAGCCAGGAUAAAGAGUAAUAAUACGACGCGUUGAUUAAUAAAUCGUCUUGAACCACAUUUGGAGAAUAAUUUGCCUUAAACAAGCCUUAAUGUUUUUUAACAGACCAUUUUUUACCGGUCGGGAAUUAACGUUCGAUAACAAUAUUUUUUCAAUAGAAAUAUGAGCGGCUGUCACGGCACAUCUCAGCUAACGUUAGAUAGCCUGUUGUAAAACAUCUUUUUUUGAAGGUACUUGUUGCUGCUUUUUUCGUCGCCCUCGGGAGUUGAGUCCAAAACACAUGGUGCAGUGAUUUACCGUGUGCUAUUACUAAAAGCGUAGUGCUGGUGGACGGACGUGACGCUCCGUGAUGGAUAAUGCUCAUACUAAGACAGUGGAGGAGGUUCUGGGUUUCUUCAGUGUGAAUGAGUCCACAGGUCUGAGCUGUGAACAGCUGAAGAAGACCAGGGAAAGAUGGGGACCCAACGAAUUGCCAGCUGAAGAAGGGAAGUCCCUUUGGGCGCUGGUCCUGGAACAGUUUGAGGACCUGUUGGUUCGAAUCCUGCUGCUGGCUGCGUUCAUCUCCUUUACCCUGGCUUGGUUUGAAGAAGGGGAGGGGACAAUCACAGCUUUUGUUGAGCCCUUCGUCAUCCUCCUCAUCCUCAUCGCUAAUGCUAUUGUGGGAGUGUGGCAGGAACGUAAUGCAGAGAAUGCCAUUGAGGCCCUCAAGGAGUACGAGCCAGAGAUGGGCAAGGUCUACCGGCAGGACAAGAAGAGCGUCCAGAGAGUCCGAGCGCGAGACAUCGUUCCUGGAGACAUUGUGGAGGUCGCUGUUGGUGAUAAGGUCCCAGCUGACAUCAGGCUGACAUCCAUCUGUUCCACCACUCUGAGGGUGGACCAGUCCAUUCUGACGGGGGAGUCCAUGUCGGUGAUCAAACACACAGACCCUGUACCGGAUCCUCGGGCCGUCAACCAGGACAAGAAGAACAUGCUCUUCUCAGGUACCAACAUUGCAGCAGGCCGUGCCAUCGGGGUUGCCGUGGCAACAGGGGUGCAGACAGAGAUUGGGAAAAUCCGAGAUGAGAUGGCCUCCACUGAACCAGAAAGGACCCCUCUUCAAAAGAAACUGGACCAGUUUGGAGAACAGCUGUCUAAGGUCAUCAGUGUGAUCUGUGUGGCAGUUUGGGCCAUUAAUGUAGGACACUUUAAUGACCCGGUCCAUGGAGGCAGCUGGCUAAGAGGAGCUGUUUACUAUUUUAAGAUCGCUGUCGCGCUGGCUGUAGCUGCCAUACCAGAAGGCCUCCCAGCAGUGAUCACGACCUGCCUGGCUCUGGGCACCAGGAGGAUGGCCAGGAAGAACGCCAUCGUCCGCAGCCUGCCAUCAGUGGAGACGCUGGGUUGCACAUCUGUUAUCUGCUCUGACAAGACAGGAACACUGACCACCAACCAGAUGUCAGUCAGCAGGAUGUUUGUCGUAGACAGUGUGUCAGGGGAGAGCUGCAGCCUGAGCGAGUUCACAGUGACUGGAUCUACUUACGCCCCUGAAGGGGAAGUUUAUAAGGACGGCUCGGUGGUGAAGCCCAGUCGGUAUGAAGGCCUGGUGGAGAUGGCCUCCAUCUGUGCACUGUGCAAUGACUCAUCACUGGACUACAAUGAGACCAAGGGUGUGUUUGAGAAGGUUGGAGAGGCAACAGAGACUGCUCUCUGCUGUCUGGUGGAGAAAAUGAACGUGUUCGACACUGACCUGAUGGGACUGAGCCCCGUCGAGAGAGCGACAGCGUGCUGCUCCGUGAUUAAGCAGCUGAUGAGGAAGGAGUUGACGUUGGAGUUUUCCAGAGACAGGAAGUCCAUGUCUGUCUUCUGUUCAUCCAAUAAACUCGCACGGUCUGCCUCUGGAGCCAAGAUGUUUGUCAAGGGAGCUCCAGAGAGCGUGUUGGAGCGGUGCAAUUAUAUCCGGGUCAGCGGUGCUUCUCGUGUCCCUUUGACCCCGGCGGUUCGAGAGCAGCUCCUGUCCAAUGUGAAGGAGUGGGCAUCGGGCCGAGACAUGCUGCGUUGCCUCGCCAUGGCAACCAGGGACACGCCCCCUGACAUCCACUGCCUCAACCUGGAGAACGUGGCUGUCUUUGGGGAUUAUGAGUCCGACCUGACCUUUGUGGGCUGUGUGGGCAUGUUGGACCCCCCCAGGAAAGAGGUGCUUGGCGCAGUCCGACUGUGUCGGCAGGCUGGCAUCAGAGUCAUCAUGAUCACAGGUGACAACAAAGGGACAGCGCUGUCUAUUUGUCGGAAGGUGGGCAUCAUCACGGAGCAGGAAGAGGAGCAGGAGGGGGUAAUCGGGGGCCUGACAGGGCGGGAGUUUGACGAGCUGCCGCCUCACAUGCAGCGUGAGGCCUGUAGGACGGCAAGGUGCUUCGCCCGGGUGGAACCGGCUCACAAGAGCCGUAUUGUGGAGUACCUGCAGAGCCUCGAUGACAUCACUGCUAUGACAGGUGACGGGGUGAACGACGCACCUGCAUUGAAGAAGGCGGAGAUCGGCAUCGCUAUGGGCAGCGGCACAGCGGUGGCUAAGUCCGCCUCCGAGAUGAUCCUGGCUGAUGACAACUUCUCCACCAUCGUCGCUGCAGUGGAGGAGGGCAGAGCCAUUUACAACAACAUGAAACAGUUCAUCAGAUACCUGAUCUCAUCCAACAUAGGAGAGGUGGUCUGUAUUUUCAUGACGGCCGCACUGGGUAUGCCUGAAGCACUGAUCCCAGUCCAGCUUCUAUGGGUCAACCUCGUCACUGACGGUUUCCCUGCAACGGCUCUGGGCUUCAACCCUCCCGAUCUGGACAUCAUGUCCCGCCCCCCACGCUCCCCUAAAGAGCCUUUAAUCUCCAGCUGGUUGUUCUGCCGCUACCUCAUCGUCGGAUGUUAUGUGGGAGCUGCCACUGUCGGAGCGGCUGCCUGGUGGUUCAUGGCAGCUCACGACGGACCAAAGCUUUCCUUCUAUCAACUGUCCCACUACCUUCAGUGCAGUGACGGCCACGUUGAGUUUGCUGGUGUGCAGUGUUCAGUCUUUGAGUCUCCUUAUCCAAUGACGAUGGCCCUGUCUGUCCUGGUUACCAUAGAGAUGUGCAAUGCCUUGAACAGUCUUUCAGAGAACCAGUCUCUGCUGAAAAUGCCACCCUGGUCCAACCCCUGGCUGGUGGGGGCCAUCUGUCUGUCCAUGGCGCUACACUUCCUCAUUCUAUAUGUCGAUCCACUGCCACUAGUUUUCCAAAUUCGCCCUCUGUCGUGGCCUCAAUGGGUGGUGGUGUUGAAGAUGUCCCUUCCUGUCAUCUUGAUGGACGAGGCGCUCAAGUUCCUGGCCCGCAACUUCAUCGAGCCAGGAAGCCAGAUCCAGACUCUGGAAGAGGAAGAGGAGCUGCGGAGGAGGGGGCCGAGCACGGGAUUGGUCGGGGCCAUGAGGACGAGGCUGAACCGGUCACUGAGGGGCGUGUCCUGGUCGUUCGUCCUGAUCUCUGCACCGCUAUUGAUCUGGAUCUUCAGCCUGGACUCUGACAUAACAAACAUCUUCUGGGAGUGAUGGAAGAACGAGAGGACGGGCAGAACGUGGGGGAGAGAAGAAAGAGACCAUCUAAAGAAGGACUGUUGGAAUACGAUGCAGAGGUUUGGGUGUGUACGGGUGAGGUGAGAAACAAACAAGCCGAGAGGAUAAAUCCUCUCCGGGCAGACAGAAUAUAAAGUGUAAAGAGUGAAAUAUUAAGCCAACAGACAAUCAGACAACACCAAGAAGGAAAGAGCUCCUCAAUACUAAAAGGUGCGACGUGGAGCAUUUCAUCCGAAUCCCAUAGCUCACGUAGACUGUCCUGCCAUGAGGUCAGAAGCCACAGGCCCAGUUUGUCUGUCCGACACUUGGGCCCAGAGUGACAUACGUCUCUGUGGUAUUGCUUUAGCUGUACUUUAAUGCUAACUGUUGCGUUCUAAAAUACAAAGGUUUACAAGAUAGACAUUAACAUGUUAGCAUGCUACAACUCGUUUAUUUGUGUUGGGGACAAACGAUGGAAUCAUCAAUGGUUCCAGCUGCUCCGGCUUGUCACAGAUGGCAUCUAUUUCUAUGGUUUCACCAACUAUUUAUAAAACCGUCACACAUUUUGACCAGCUAGCUUGCAAAUAGUCCUUCACUCAAUCAGAAUGCACCAAUAACAGUUGAGAACUGUCUUUAGCCCCUUUUACCAACCGGCCCGCCUUCCUGGGACCAAUGUCUCUGCAGGAGUCAAAGAUAUUUAUUGGCUCCAGCUCUAGUUGGUGGCGAUGGAAACACCCGAGUGGACACACCGAUGCACGGCCUUCUUUCCAGGUGCUUUCUUUGUCAUCUCAGCCACAAAUUCUGUCGACUCUGUCCAAGCAGCACUUGAACAUUGUUCCAAAUGAAUAGAAACCAAGUUUGAAGAGCGACUUGGAACAAGUUUGAAUAAGUAACAAAUAAAAAAGGAACCUUUCCCCUGGUCUCCAAGAGCAGCAGAUACAGAAAGAACGUGUAGAAAUGAUUUUGACAGAAACGACAUCUUCUUUGCAAACGUUGAUGAUGUAUCGCUGAUUAAAGUUGCACCUUUUUAGAUGCCUGCUUGAACAACAAGUGCAUCAGAUAGAAGGAGAGCAGUGCUGAGUGGUCUCAAAACACACACACACACACCAGCUUUACGUCCACACUGUACCACCAGUAAUAAUUUGAGGUCAUUAACAGGCAAUGAAGACGGACGACUAGAUAUGUACAAUAGAACCCAACCGGCCACUGCAACAGUCUCCUUGUUGUUGGACCUUCCUUGUCGAUCCUGUCCAUGAGAGUAAAACAAGCGUUUAUCUGAGAGGGGAGAUGUCAGCAGACCAUUACAGGAUGCAUGUCGGCGCAGCCCACACAUUUAUAACACAAAGCCACAGUCCAAACUGUGACUGUUGGAUUCUGCAGGAACUCAUCCUUUCCUGCAGAAUGCGGUGUGCGUAAGAGGAGAGCCACUGGUGAACAUACUGAAACGUUUCACUAGGAAACAUCCAUAUGAAUCUUCCCCUGUUGAUUACACAGAUUCACAGUUAUUUGUUGUACGAGUCGUUUCCUAAAAAGUCAAUGUUUGGAAAUGCGAAUGAGGUGUAAUCUUAUUACGUGUGCGCUAAUUUACAGACAUUUCCAAACACAUAAAUGUGAACACUGGAUAAAGCCAGGUUCAGAAGUCGUGUGUCAUUUGAUGGACAUAUUAGACUCAAAGGUUUUCACGGUGGUAAUAUUAGAUAUCACUUCGUAUCACUCCAUGAAUUAGCCAUUAAUAACAUAAUUCACCAUGUUUUUAGUUGUAGAAUGUAAAAUAUUUAUAUCCCGCUAUGAAUAAUAUGAGCGAAUCCUUCUGUAGAAACCGUCAGAAUAUAUUUAGGAAUGAAACUGUAACGUUUGUUGGAUGAGAUACUGAUGUGGAGAUUUCUAAAUCUGCGGAAAAAAUUAUUUAGGGAAAACGGCCUUUAAGAUGAUGUUAUGUUAAAUUACAGACAUUUUGAAGACUGCAGGUGAAGAGGGUUUUACCAUGAAACUUCCCCAGCUGAUUACUUAUAUUUAGACUUAAUUUUUGGACUACACGUUUCCUCAAAUUAGAUAUGCAAAGGAGGCUUUAUCUAAUGGUCACUUCUUGAAUUUAGUAAAUAAUGACAGACGCAAAUAGACAAAGCGGCAAAAUGUGUAUUUUAGAAGAAAAUUAGACCACAAUUAUCAAACAUGGAUGUGCAUGAAAUCCGAUGUUUUUUUCGCCUUAAAGUGGGCCGUAAAUGUCCAGCUGGGUGUGAAAUGGUUCACAAGUCCAACACUGAGUGCACUUCCUCACAAUAUUCUGGUCGAUCUCCAGUUCAGUAUCUUUCUGUUGUUACUGACACGCUGACCCAGUCUGAGAGGCGCCCUGACUUGACCUCCUGAAGCGACUGACGGCCUUCACAGCCGCUCAUUCGGUUCUCUAUCUUCAAACUGCUACAUGUAUGUAAACGUAUUAAUAUGGUUAGACUUCACUCCGGCAGUCCGGCUCGGCACUGCGAUGCUUGUCCCUCUUGUCGGUGUGCUGGAAAUUAUUUUAGCGGGUCGUCGUGUCCUUCCAGAAGGUCAGAGAGAGAGAGACAGCUUCGAGGCGCUGAGGCCGUACUCCAUGUAAAAUGUGUUUUUUGUGCAAAUCUGCCAUUUUCUCCAGAGAUGCCAUUGUGACAUCUCACUCUGUUUGCCAUUGAGGGGAUUUUAUUAGAAUUAAUUUUUUGCAGCAAAGUGUUCUUGAUUCAUGUAAUUUCAGUAGCUUUAGUUGUAUAUUACAUUUAGUCAUUGUUAGAAAAGCUAAAUCUGAAAGCAGUCGUUAUUUUACAAGAGAAAAAAAUCCUACUCAUACUUUUAUGAGAAACAAUAUCAUGAUGUUAUGCGAGUAAAGUCACAAUACUGUAUGUACUACUGGUCUUCUUUCUCUGAGCGAUGUACAGAUGUGUGUUUUUAGUUCAAACUGAAAAUCGCAACUUAAUUCUAAUAAUGUGAUCAUUUCAAAAUUACAACCUAACGAAAUGUGCAAUUUUACUCCUGUAAUUUUUUUUAAAUUUCACCAGUAAAGUUGCCACUUUAUUCUUGUAAAAACAUUUCAGAAUUCUGACUUUACUCAUAGUAUUUUGAUUUUCUUUGUAAUUUUGAGUUAGACCAACUCAAAAUCUCUUUUUUCCCCACGACGACUCAAGUAUCCAAACACAAAGAAGAAGUUGCCCAAAGUUCGGCCUGUUUUAGUUUAGUUUGCUUUGGCUCCGUUCCUCACGUGCUCAUUUUGGUUUUGGCACAUUUAAGGCGGAAGAAGCGUGCGUAGAUGCACUUAACUUAACUAUUUACUUUCUAUUGUCAUUAAUAAUUUAUAUUGUAUCUUUUUGCAAGGGUGUAUUAUACAACGUCCCCAAUGUACCAACUUUGUUCUUCAUUAUUAUUAUGAUUGUAAUUCUUGUUGCUUCUCUUAUUCAUUCCACUUCUGAAGAGCUUUGUUGUCAUGGAAAUGAUGUUAAAGGAUGAAGACAAGAAUAAAUGAAAUGGGUCCGAA